CAACUGCGGAGAGUUGCAAGAAAGAGUGUUUGAGAAAAGGAUGCUCUUGCAAAAUGGCACUAUUUCGUAACCAAACAAUUUUCUCUAGGGUGGACUGCUUUUUAUUACCAGAGCCAUUUUCCCUUAUGGACGACCCUCUCGGGUCCUAUUCCACCACGGCAUUUAUCAAAGUCAACAAAAGUACAAAGACACCAAUGCCAUCAUCAAUCUUUCGAAGAAAGAAAAGGGGACGAAGAGUGUUAAUCCUAGGGACUACUGUUGGAGCUGUUUUGCUAUUCUUGGUAAGUGUAUUUGGGAUUUAUAUUUCAACUAAAUUGAGAAGAAAUGGUGUUGAGGAUGAUGAUCCAGACUUACCAAGGCUUCAGAUAACUAGAUUCCGUUAUGAGGACUUGAAGGCCAUGACAGGAGAUUUCAACAUCAAGCUUGGGGAAGGAGGAUUUGGCUCAGUGUUUCUAGGAACUUUACCCAGUGGUGUUAGGAUUGCAGUAAAGCGCCUUGAUGGUUUUGGUCAAAUGAAGAAGUCAUUCUUGGCCGAGGCUGAAACCAUUGGCACAAUCCAUCAUGUCAAUUUGGUGAGGCUACUUGGAUUUUGUGCUGAAAAAUCACAUAGGCUUUUAGUGUACGAGUACAUGUGCAAUGGUUCUCUUGAUAAAUGGAUCUUCCAUAAUGAUCAAGAAUUUGAUGUCUGUUGGCAAGUGAGGAGAAAGAUUAUCCUCGACAUUGCCAAAGGACUAGCCUAUCUCCAUGAGGAAUGUCAUCAAAAAAUAAUUCACUUGGACAUCAAGCCCCAAAAUAUUCUUUUGGAUGAACAUUUCAAUGCGAAGCUUGCUGAUUUUGGGCUGUCGAAGCUUAUCAAUAAGGACCAAAGCCAUGUCAUGACAACCAUGCGAGGAACACCGGGUUACCUUGCUCCAGAGUGGCUGAGCUCUCUUAUAACGGAAAAGGUAGACGUAUAUAGUUUUGGUAUUGUCAUGUUAGAAGUCCUAUGUGGGAGGAAAAUUGUGGAGCGCUCUUUGCCAAGUGAUGAAGUGCAUAUGUUGGCCCUUUUCAAAUGCAAAGCAGAACAAGAACAACUACUGGAGAUGGUUGAUAAGUCCAGUGGGGACAUGCAACUGCACGGCCAAGAAGUUGUCAAGAUGAUGAAAAUCGCAGCAUGGUGCUUGCAAGAUGAUAGCAGCAUGAGGCCCCCCAUGUCGCAAGUGGUUAAAUGCUUGGAGGGCUCAACUGAUAUAGAAGAAGGCUUGAGAUACAGCUUCUCAGUUCCUUCUGGUCAUAGCGAUCGUAGUGUUGAUGAUGCUUCUCGGCUAUCGCCCUCACAAUUAUCAGGUCCUAGGUGAACAAAACCAGCUUCAGACAUGAACUCUGA